UUGUUUUCAAUAGUUUUGUAGUUUUAGGAUAAGACAAUCAAUUUUACUGAAUAAAUUGGUGUUAUCAUAAUGAUAAUGAGUUCGCGUGAUGAAAUGAAAACAAUUUGAAAUAUCGAGAUCUAUUUUGAAUCUAUUGAACUUUUGACAAAAGUUGAAGGUUAAGUUGUCCUGAAUAUCUAAAUUACAUUAUUUUUAAGAAACUUGCAUAUAAAUCUGUCAUUUUUGAACUCUCUUGAAGUGGAUGAUUUACACAAAAAAGCUGAGCUGUGUGAGACAAAAAUGGUUUUCACUAUAAAAGGUAAAGUUGCUAUAAUAACUGGCGGAGCUUCAGGACUAGGCAAACAAUAUGCUAAAGAAUUAUUAAGGAAUGGUUUGAAGGCAGUAACCUUAGCUGAUCUCAAUCAAAAAUUGGCCAUCGAUGCUUUGACAGAACUAGAAAACGAAUUUGGACCAAAUAGGGCGAUUUUUGUUCGAACUGAUGUUACCCAGAAAGACUCAUUCGAAGACGCUUUCAAGGAGACCAUAAAAGUAUUUGGAGUCAUUGAUAUUCUGUUCAAUAAUGCUGGUAUAUUAAAUGAUGCUAUAUGGGAAAAACAGAUUCUGGUAAAUCUGAAUGGGAUGGUACACGGAAUGUUACUGGCCCUGGAGAAAUAUUUACCUGACUACCAACAAGGACCAGAAGCUGUCGUCGUCAACAUUUCCUCCAUAGCCGGAGUAAUAGGCAGUCCACACGUUCCUAUAUAUUGCGCCACCAAGCACGCCGUCCUAGGUCUAACGAAAUCAUGGGGAGUUUCAUCAUUCUACAGGAAAUUCAAAGUGAGGGUUGUAGCGGUAUGUCCAGGGAUAACCCGCACACCCUUGAUAUCAGAUAUGGCGGAUAGGAGUUUGGGUACACAUUACGAAGAAAACGGCAAAGAUCUUGCUGCGUUUCCCGUUCAGGA